GCUGAAGUUUGAGUGCUCCAUCAUGUCUCUUCUCCUGACAUACCUGUACACCGGCUGUGUGUGUGUGUGUGUGUGAACAUUGAGUGCGUGAGCUGCUUUUAGUAUCUUGAGGAAGAAGAGAAGAGGAAGCAGUUCCGCCCCCAGAAGCAGCCUGGAGGCCGAGGAGGAGGAGGAGAAGAACAGAAGAGAGAGAAGAGUUUAGCUUCAACCCCCUGAGCUAACAUUACUGCUGCUGUUCCUGCUGUUGCUGUUGCUGCUAGCACAACUGUUGCUUCUCCAGCUGCGGAUGGACGGAGGGACUCCGGCGGGACUUUGUCUGCUCGUGUUGUAGAAAACCUCGUUGUAGAAAAUGAGCUUCAUGUAAAAGAAGUUUCAGUUCGAUCGGAUCGUCCACGCUGCUGGUGUCUUCAUGCUAACAUUAAACUAACAGGAGGAUCUACUCGGCUCUACUUUUCUACUUUUGGAUUUUUCUUUUUUCCUUGUCGUGGCUUGUCGGGUUGUUUCUUUGUAGCUCCUCAUCAGGCCCUGGAGGACAGUCUCUGAUCAGGACUAAUCCCACUUCAACACCAGUAUGAGUGCAGACGAGGAGAGAUUCAAACUGGUGGUGGUGGGAGGAGGAGGGGUGGGCAAGAGCGCCCUGACCAUCCAGUUCAUCCAGUCCUACUUUGUGUCAGACUACGACCCCACCAUCGAAGACUCCUACACCAAGAUCUGCACCGUGGACGGAAAGGAGACCCGGCUGGACAUCUUGGAUACAGCAGGUCAGGAGGAGUUUGGAGCGAUGAGGGAGCAGUACAUGCGCUCAGGAGAAGGCUUCUUAUUGGUGUUUGCACUCAACGACCGGGGCAGCUACCACGAGGUCCAGAAAUUCCACACUCAGAUCCUGAGAGUGAAGGACCGAGACGACUUCCCCAUGGUGCUGGUUGGAAACAAGGCUGACCUGGAACAGCAAAGAGUGAUCUCCAGGGAGGAUGCUCAGGCGUUUUGCAGAGAGAACAGGAUCCACUACAUGGAGGCUUCGGCCAAGAAUCGCUACAAUGUGGAUGAAUCCUUCUUGGAGCUGGUGGGAAUUAUCAGAAGGUUUCAGGAGAUGGAGUGUCCUCCUCCUCAAGCUCAUCACACAAGGAAACAGAAGAGCGGUGGCUGUCCCUGUGUCCUCCUCUAAGCACUGUUACUAUGGACACCAAAACCUCCUCCCUCUACAGCUUGUCCAAAAAGAGCUUUCAACUGCAUCUCAUGGUCUUCAUCGAAUGAUGGAGGGACUCAUUCAUGGAGACGGUUCAGUUGUCAUCACGUGACCUAAGUGUGGAACUUGACUCAUGUAACGGCAGGUGGUCAUAUAUACCGUAGGGAUCAUGUGAUCUCCCGCUGGAUGCUCUGUGUUCAGCUGAUACUGUCUGAUUCUGGUGUUCAUUCACUUCUUGUCCAGGCUUCUCGCUGUUUGUAGUGUUCCCGUCAUCUAUCACAUGUGAUGUCAUGAUGAUGUCAUACACCGCAUCUCAAGGGAGUUCCUGUCUUUAGGGCUGACAGUCCAGCCACCAGUCGUCCUAUAACUGACGUUUCUUACUAAGGUCACAUGAUGACAACUAAGCCAUCUCCACAACUGAGCAUUCCCUCGCAAAAAAACAAGUGUACUUCAAGUAUAUUUUAUGAAGUAAUCUUAAGUAUACUUUAAGUAUAUUCCAAGGUACACUUUAUGUAAUAAGUAUACUAAUAUCAAUGUACUUGUAAGUGUACUACUUCAGUACUUCUUGGGACUAAAUUGGCCCACUUUUUAGUUUGUAGAAAGUAUACUUAUAAGUAUACUUGAGUAGUAAACUUUUGAGUACACAACAAGUUUAAAUCCAAGUUGUAUUUUGUACUGCAACUAUAUUAUGAGCUAUACUUCAAGUGAACUUAUAGGUAUACUGUUAGUUUACUAGUUGUAUACUUGUAGCCCAUUUUUUAGUUUAUGAAAGUACACUUCAAAGUAUACUCUGAGUAAACUACUAGUUUAAAAGUUUUUACUGAAAGUAUACUUGUAAGUGAACUUACAGUACUUAGCCAAAUAUAGUUUUCUGAAUACUCGCCGGUAUAAGCCGAGUACACUUAGGUAUAAUUUUAAGUUUAUUCCUGAUAGGUACAUAAAAAGUAAUCUGAAAGUGUACUCUCUUAUUUUAAGUUGAAAAGAAGUAUACUUUUUGUAAGGGUUCACUAGUGAAGACAGUGUUAUGAGGUUGAAAACUCUGGAGAAAGCUGAUAAAUGGACCUUGACUUGAGGCUUCUUUUGUCUCGUAGUGGAUGGGAAGCGCUGCUCUCUGUUCAGUCUUGAAUGUGUGUAAAAUUCUAGUAUUGCCCAAUUUAUCUCAUCGGAGAGUUCUACAUUAUCUCCGUUACAAUCUCACAGGAAGCCUAAAGACCGCCGAGCCUCCUUCUGCAGAGCAAAAAAAAUACUGGGUCCAGAAUCACAGGGAUGCAGGGUGUGUUUGUUUCGGGUUUAUUCAAAUUACAAAAUAGCAGCGAGCACAUCUCCAACUCUUGAACAGUAUCGGGUGCCAGGUAGUGGUAAGAACGGAAGAAACAAAUCACCAGCACUCACAGAUAAAGAGUCUUUUUUUAGUUUAUUCUGGGCAAACAAACGAACGCGUUCCAGAUAUAAGCCGUCAUCAGCGUGUUCUCUCAAGACGUUAUGCCAGUUUUAGUAUAUGCAUGAUUACAUAAUAGGAAUCAUCUGUGGCUGCGCCACCAGGACACAUCCUCUCGCAACAACAGAGGCGUGGCCAAAACAGUCAGAAACAACUAGCAAUAAAAUGAAAGAUAUAUACAUAUAUCUUUAAAAACCCACAUGACAAAAGCAAUUCCAUAAAAAUACAAUAGUGACACACUCAAUCAAUAACAUCAAUAACAUCAUAAUCAUCAAUAACACAUAAUAAAUAUACAUUUUCUAUCUAUCUAUUUUCGAAAAUCAUAGAAAAAUGUAUAAAGAUAUCUUAGGAAAUAUAGUACAAAAAUGUGUUAAAAUAUCAAGAAAGAUAUGUAGAAAAAUAUAUGCUAAGACAUCAUAGAAAAAUGUCAACAAGAAAUAUACCAUAGAAAAAUAUCAUCAAAGAAUGUCCUGAGAUAUCAUGGAAAAAUAUACAAAGAUAUAGUAGAAAAAUAUGUACUGUCUCUUUAUCUGUGAGUGCCGGUGAUUUGUUUCUUCUGUUUCGGGUUUGUUCCCCCUCUAUUUUGUCAUAUUUUGACUCUCUCAUGUGCCCCACCCCCAACUGUGCAGUAGCGCCGACCCACCAGUAGAGGUCAGUACUGCAUCAACAGAGACGAGCAGCCAACAGUCCUCCCCAGCUUCCUAGAAACACACAAACACACACACACACACACACACACACACACACACAUGGCCAAUUGUUAUUGUUUGGAGCACACAUUCAGGCCAGACGUCUAGGGCCUGUGGUGGUCCAGAAUUUAGCGCCCCGGGUCCUGAUGUGAUGUGUGUUCUCUUAUCGGUAGUGAGACAAUCAAAAAACCCACAAACACGAGUCCAAUUCACAUCUUCAAGGACCUUCCUCACUUCUUUUUAUUUGCUAGAAAAGAUCAACUCACAAUUUAUGCACACCAAGAACAAAAUGCCUUAUGAAAUAAAUUGUGUUUUUUUUUUUUUAAAUCUCUCACGGUAUAGCCAAAUAUACACUUUCAUAUCUGUCAUCUGUAAAGCUUUGGGCAGUUUGGUUUUGACUUCUUUUUUGUCCUUUUAAUAAUAAUAAUAAUAAUAAUAAUAAUAAUAAUUCAUAUGUAUAUUAUCUACUUUACAAGCUGCAAUUCACAGCAUUCAGUUUUAUAUUGAAAAUAAAAGUCAAAUGUCUUUUAUACAUCAUUAAAACAUUUACCCGAA